AUGUCUGCCCAGGACCAAGUCAAGCUAAGCAAUUUCAAUGACAUUUUCUCCCUCGAGGGAAAGGUUGCCGUCGUGACUGGCGGAUCCCGCGGUCUAGGAUUGCACGCAGCCUCCGGUCUCCUCCAAGCCGGAUGUUCCAAGGUUUACAUCACAUCGCGCAAGGCUUCGGCCUGCGAUGAAGCAGUUGCUGCUCUCAAUGCGCUCUCCAACAAACGGCCUGGCGCACAGGCCAUCUCUGUGCCAGCCGAUAGCUCGGACAUGAAAGAACUUGACCGGCUUGUGGCUGAGGUCGCUAAGACCACUGAUCGCGUUGAUAUUCUCUUUGCUAACGCUGGUGCAACAUGGGGUGAGAAGUUUGACACGCACCCCGAAAAGAUGUUCUCCAAGGUGAUGGAUUUGAAUGUGAAGAGCGUGUUCUACACGAUCCAAAAAUUCACGCCUCUUCUCACGGCCAAGGCCACUAUCACCGACCCAUCUCGUGUGAUAAUUACCGCUUCCGUUGCUGGUAUUGGAAUUGGCACCGUCGGCGACAAUGCGACCCCAUCUUACUCUGCUUCCAAGGCUGCUGCUAUUCAUAUUGCAAAGAACUUGGCUGUCGAGCUCGGCCCGCGCCAUGUGUUGACUAAUGCCAUUGCGCCCGGGUUCUAUCCCUCUAAGAUGGCUAGUGGGCUCAUUGAGGCGAAAGGUGGAAUGAAGGAGAUGGAAGAGUACUCACCCAAUGGACGACUCGGCAAGCCUGAGGAUAUCGCCGGCCUUAUUGUCUUCCUUGGAUCGCGGGCCUCCAGCCAUUUGAAUGGUGCUGUUAUUGCGACGGACGGUGGAGCUGUGCUGAAGGGGAGAUUGUAA